CUUGGUAAAAAAUAUUUUAUUUUAUUCUCAAAAAAAAAAGAAAAAUAUUUAAAUAAAUAUUUUAGAAUCUGUUUGUGAUCUUGUUGAAUUUGCUUUGGCAUUUCAAUCAACAAUGCAUCGAUUUAAUGAAGCACUUUUAAAUUUUGCAUUUGAACUUCGAAUGGGUUUAAAUUUUGGACCAAUUACAGCUGGUGUUAUUGGUACAACAAAAUUAUUUUAUGAUAUUUGGGGUGAUACUGUUAAUGUUGCUUCAAGAAUGGAUUCAACUGGUGAAAAAGGACGUAUUCAAGUUCCAGAACACGUUGCAUUGGCUUUAAAAGACAAAUAUAAAUUUGAAUUAAGAGGAGAAAUUGAUGUUAAAGGAAAAAGUCGUAUGACAACAUAUUUUCUUAAACCAAAUUAA